CUGACGCGUAUGCUAUUAAAUUGCCGAAGGGAAAAGUAAAAGUAUGUUAUAAACAUCGGGAUAUGCGCGCGCGCGCGCGUGCUAAGUCAGUUUUGGCUAACAAGAAUUUAUAAAUAGCAAAUCAUGCGCGACUAUCAGAGGCCUCUGUGAUUUUUUAGGAUUUGAUUGUUAAAGAACGGACGAUAUACGUGCGAGUGCAUUGGCACCCGAUUCGAUAAUGAUAGGCCGAAAUUUAUCGGUGCUUCUUCCGUGGAGGAAACCGACCGGUUUACCUCGUUCAGCUAAAAACCUGCAUUCCUCCUGCCGCCAAUGUUUACGCAGCAAUCUGCUAUUAACCGUGCCAGUGAAACUCGCCUACACCUCGUACGAGUCGGUGAAGGAACAGGAGCAGGAUGUGAAAGGACCUAUUAUUAUUAUGCACGGUCUCUUCGGCUCGAAGAACAAUUGGAACUCGCUGUCGAAAUCGAUCCACCAAAAGACUAAGCGCAAGAAAGUAAAUGCACAGGUCAUAGCGGUGGACGCCAGAAAUCACGGUGACUCUCCACACUCGUCGAACAUGUCCUACAAGGACAUGGCAGGGGAUAUGGUUCAACUCCUGGGCGACCUGGGCUUUGGGAAAGCCGUCCUGGUCGGCCACAGUAUGGGCGGCUCGGCCGUUAUGUACACCGCGUUGAAUUUUCCGCAAUACGUCGAGAAAUUGGUGGUCGUCGAUAUGUCCCCCGUGAGAGCCAGCCCCAAUCUCAUGCAGAUGGAGAGGAUCUUCGAGGCCAUGCGUCUGGUGAUGGUGGACGGAAGCCUCACCCUGUCGAAGGCGCGCAAAACGGUGGACCAACAAUUAUCCAAGUCCAUUAAGUCCAGCUCGAUGCGUCAGUUCAUACUGACGAAUUUGGUGGAGGCGGACGCGGGAAAGUAUAAAUGGCGAGUUAAUUUACCGGUGCUGGAGCAGGCAUUCUCGACUCAGAUAGCCGUAUUUCCUAAUGUAGGCACGAGGAUCUACGACGGUCCCACGUUGUUCAUAGGUGGUGCUAAUAGCGAUUACAUACAAGCGAAGGAUCACAAAGCGAUCAAGAAGCUGUUCACCAAGGCGGAGUUUCACUACAUCGAUGGGGCGAGCCACUGGGUUCACGCGGACAAGCCCAACGAAUUCGUCGACCUUCUAACAACUUUUAUAAAUUAUUCGUCCUUGUGACGCUCGUGAACAUGUAAAGAGAAAAAGUCAAAUGUCCUUUGUAAAUAUAUUCGUGUAUUUUGGAUGAA